AUGUGCUGGGACCGUGGAGUAACUGGCGUCCCAUCCUACCCUCCACCGGUAUCACCCGUACCAUCCUACCCUCCACCGGUAUCACCCGUACCAUCCUACCCUCCACCGGUAUCACCCGUACCAUCCUACUCUCCACCGGUAUCACCCGUACCAUCCUACCCUCCACCGGUAUCACCCGUACCAUCCUACCCUCCACCGGUAUCACCCGUACCAUCCUACCCUCCACCGGUAUCACCCGUACCAUCCUACCCUCCACCGGUAUCACCCGUACCAUCCUACCCUCCACCGGUAUCACCCAUCCCAUCCUACCGUCCACCGGUAUCACCCGUACCAUCCUACCGUCCACCGGUAUCACCCGUACCAUCCUACCGUCCACCGGUAUCACCCAUCCCAUCCUACCGUCCACCGGUAUCACCCGUACCAUCCUACCCUCCACCGGUAUCACCCGUACCAUCCUACCGUCCACCGGUAUCACCCGUACCAUCCUACCGUCCACCGGUAUCACCCGUACCAUCCUACCCUCCACCGGUAUCACCCAUCCCAUCCUACCGUCCACCGGUAUCACCCGUACCAUCCUACCCUCCACCGGUAUCACCCGUACCAUCCUACCGUCCACCGGUAUCACCCGUCCCAUCCUACCCUCCACCGGUAUCACCCGUACCAUCCUACCGUCCACCGGUAUCACCCGUCCCAUCCUACCCUCCACCG